AAUCCAAUUUUUUUAUUAUUGAAGAAAAUAAUUAUUUAUCGUGAAACUUCCGCGGGAGUAUGUGCCAAAAAAAAGAAACUUCCGCGGGAAUCCACGCAAUUUUGAAAGACUUUUCCUAAACCUAAAAAGUAAAAUCCAUCGAUGGUAGCGCCAUAAACACGGUUAGAAUUAAGAGUUGUUGUUGUUGGUGAUGAAAUUGAGAAGAAGAAGAAGAAGAUGCCGACCGAAAUGCCUGAAGGAUUACCCUUCUCAGUAGACACAUGGACUCCAUCUUCAAAGAGCAGUAAAAGACACCAUUUCCUAACUCACGCUCACAAAGACUAUUCCUCAAACAUCAUUUCCAACUCCUCUUUCCCUAUUUACUCUACUCUUCUCACCAAAACCCUUCUCCUUCAACAUUACCCUAAGCUUGAUCCUUCCUUGUUUCUGCAAAUUGAAGUCGGUCAAUCCUUCGUCAUCGAUGAUCCUGACGGAAACUUCACUGACACCGCUUUCGAUGCCAAUCACUGUCCUGGGGCGGUGAUGUUCUUGUUUGAAGGAAAAUUUGGUAAUAUCUUACACACAGGAGAUUGCAGGCUAACUCUUGAAUGUUUGCUCAACUUACCUGACAAGUAUGUAGGGAGGAAGGGGAAAAAGCCACAAUGUCCUCUUGAUUGUGUUUUCUUAGACUGUACUUUUGGAAAUUUUUCUCGUUCAAUGCCUACCAAGCAUUCAUCUAUUCAACAGGUUGUUAAUUGUAUAUGGAAGCAUCCUGACGCAUCGACAGUGUAUCUUACCUGUGAUGUCCUCGGUCAGGAAGACAUCCUUGUUCAAGUGUCCCAAAUAUUUGGAGCCAAGAUAUAUGUCGAUAAAACCAAAUAUCCAGAAUGUUUCAAGAAUCUAGCAGUUACGGUGCCUGAAAUCCUUGGUGAAGAUCCAUCUUCUCGUUUCCAUUUAUUUGAUGGAUCUCCAGGACUAUAUGAAAGAGCACAAGCAAAACUGGUUGAAGCCAAGGCAGCUUUCCAGACUGAACCUCUCGUUGUCCGCCCUUCUGCUCAGUGGUAUGCUUGUGAAGAGCUCUCAGAUGUUCAAAACAAUAGAAAAAAGAGGAUGAAUGAAGCAGUUAAGGAUCAAUUUGGUGUUUGGCAUGUCUGUUACUCAAUGCACUCAUCCAAGGAAGAAUUGGAAAAGGCACUUCAACUUCUUGCUCCGAGGUGGGUUGUUUCAACAACCCCUCCCUGUAGGGCUAUGGAGCUUAAUUAUGUUAAGAAAUACUGUUUUAACUCUAAAGCUGGUCUCAAUAACUCUGUGCUGAAGCUUCUGGAUAUGACUGUGGUAACUUCUGAUGACGUUGAUGCAUUUGUCAAACCUGUAAACUGUUAUCCUGUGCUUGAAGGGACCCCUCAGCCAUGUCCGAACACUAAAUCACCCGUCAAGCAGUGCACUGCUGCAAAAGCACUAGAAGAAUUGUCUCUUCCUAGUAAUCGCUCGCCUGUCACAUUAUUUGGAAGAGCAAGGCUUGGUCUCCAAGCUGUUGACUUUUUACGAGGAGGGUGUAAUAUUUUGCCGGGUAAUCUCCCUUUGCAAACAGUUUCAAGUGAUGCAAGACAAGAAUUCUUGGAUGCUGCUGCUGAAGUGAAACGGGAGAGGUCACCAGGAAUAAAGGAAAAUUUACACAAUGUGAAUGAUUAUCAGCAAUCCGAGGUUCAGGAAAACACAAGAGUUCAUAAGAGUGACUCUUGCGAAAAUAGUGGAUCCCCUGGCUUGAGUGAACAUGUCAGAAAGUAUUACAGGUCAAUGAAUCUUCCUAUUCUUCGACCUCUUCCCUCAUUAGUGGAUCUUAUGAAUUCAAGGAAACGUGCCAAGAUGGGAACCGAUCAUUGAUCUUACUUUCCUGCGGUUAAAUUUGUUUUACAAUGCUGGGAAGUGGGAAAUUCCCAUGGAUAGAUGAAUCUUAAGAUGUUAAAUGAAUUUAUUUCACCUUGCUGUUUCUCAAACUACUGUUUAUGUUGCAAAAGUGCUUGGCAAGAAGCAGCAAGGUGGGAGGGAAGAAUUUGCAGCAGCACUGUAAAAUGUUGUGUUCAUUAUCUUUUCUUUUCUUUGAAUAAUAGAUACAUCAACAGAUGCUUAAUA